GGGCAGGCGAUCAGUUAUUUUCCAUCAACAAACCCAGAGUGGGGGGGAGGGAGAGACGGCGACUCGAUGACGGCCUCCAGCCACCACCACCAGCCACGUCUGGCCGACAUCAUUAGCCACAAUUCCAUCCAUCCUUGUCCCUCCCUCCAAGCUUCAGUUGGAAGCGACGCCAACCUCCCAACCUCUCCUCCUCCUUUGGCCCCCAUGGGGACCAUCACUUUUGUUCUUCUACUCUUCCUUCACCCACCGCUUCAUAGUAAAAACCACCAACAACCGCUCCCUCUCUCUCUAGUACGCUCAGACCCCUCCUCUCCCCUCAUUUGACGGCCAUGUCGCGCGCUUUUCUCACUCUGAUCCUCACCUUGGGGGCGGCGAUCACGGCCGUUCAUUCUCAGGUGGACAGCUGCGGCUCGGAUCUCAGCACCUUCCUCCCCGCUCCUUUCAAUGCUUCCGAUCUCAAGUGCAAGCCCAUUUGGAACAGUUUCAUCCUCAGGUACUCCCAGAACCAAGAAAAUGUUUUGAGCAUUGUACUCUCUGCUGCAUAUACAUCUGGGUGGGUCGGUAUUGGAUUUUCAAAUGAUGGAAUGAUGGUUGGCUCGAGUGCAAUGGUGGGUUUUAUUGGUAAAGGAGGCAGAGCACAUAUCAAACAAUACUAUCUGCGUGGCCAGACUAGUUCAGAAGUCAUAGUAAAUGAGGGACAGUUGCUAACUACUGAUGUUGCACCUGCAGUUGUUCUCUAUGGGGUCAAUAUCUACUUAGCCUUUCAACUGAAAUUUUCAGCACCAGUUACUCAGCAAAAACUUUUAUUUGCUUUUUCAUCUGCAACGCCAAACAAUUACCAUCUUACAGAACAUGAUGAUAAGACAUCGGUUUCUUUCGAUUUUUCAGCAGCUACUUCUACGUAUCCAUACCAGCUGAAAAGGAAUCAUGGGGCACUAGUCAUAUUUGGCUGGGGUGUGCUGCUACCAAUAGGUGCCAUUAUUGCAAGAUAUUGUAGGCAAUGGGACCCACUUUGGUUUUACCUUCAUGUAAUCAUUCAGUUUGCGGGAUUUAUUUUUGGGCUUGCUGGUGUGGUGGCUGGAAUUUCACUUUACAAUAAACUGCAUUCAGAUGUCAAAAUACAUAGGGGCCUUGGCAUUUUUAUCCUCGUCCUAGGUAUUCUUCAGGUGAUUGCAUUUUUCCUGCGACCUGAUAGAGACUCCAAAAUACGCAAGUAUUGGAAUUGGUACCACCACUGGGUCGGAAGGCUUCUUCUCUUUUUCGCAGCAAUUAACAUUGCUUAUGGAAUUCAAGUUGGAGAUGCUGGGAAUAGCUGGAAGGUGGGCUAUGGAAUCAAUCUUUCUGUCCUCUUGAUGGCAGUUACUGUUCUUGAAACCAUGUUGUGGACAAAAUGGUCCAAGAACGCUGCUGCUCCUCCAACAUUUUAAAUGCAAGCGCAUAAGUUGAUGGUUUUGUAGUUACAGAGGUGAAGAGAUGGCUUUUCAGAUCUCAAGUGUUCUUAUUGAUGAGCUUGUUUUGUCACAUAUCCUUAUGAAGCUAUUUUUGGAUCUUGCUGUAUGCCUUGGUGGUCUUCUCUGUUCAUUCUUUUCCUGCAAGUGAUUGAAGCUGAGCUACCAUUGCUGCCAGUUGGGCAUGUCCUGUUCUAAUUCUUUGUGUAAACUCCACAUCCUAUCCUCUUGGAUUCUAGCUAUGUCAGCAGUUUAAGGAGCUAAAGAAGAUUUGUGUCUACUUGUUGACAUGAAAGAUUCUUCUUGUGCUGCAUUUACACAGGUAGUUGCAUGACAUCAAUACCGGAAAAGAUUCAUGGGGGAACAACCUCCUAAGGGUGUUUCUGGCCUAGUAUAUGUCUAAUUAGUUGCUUGAUUUGUGACCUUUGAGUAGCUGUGUGAAAGUGAAUGUGAAUGUUAAACGAGGUUUGCAAUCUUACAUGUUUGUAUUAUAUUGCUGCAAGAGUUGCAUUGUAAUUAAACUCAUUUGUCAGGAAUAAGAAGGCUGAGCACACGGUGAGCAUGGUGCGUUUUCCGAUAA